UGCCUUUGUUUAAAGCUUGUCGAUGGGAGAGUGGAAGACAAGAUGGCUGACAAGCAAUGGCAAGUCGUAAAUGAAAGUGAAAUAAAAGAAAAAUGGCCAUUACACGCUGCCGUUUUUGAAGACAACUUGAUGCAGCUUCAAGAUUUGUUGAAGAAAAACACGGUGGACAUUGAAAGCCUUGAUCCUUGUGGUAGAACUGCAUUACAUUUUGCCGUAACUCUUGGACGAACGAAUUGUGUCAAAACGUUACUUGAUUAUAAGGCCAAUGCCAAUGCAGUCAAUAAGCAGGGUUGGAACGUUUGUCAAGAAGCUGUAAGCUGUGGAGACCCCGAGAUUCUAUCGUUUGUUUUCAAACAGAGAGAUUAUCAGCGAGCUUCACAAAGAAUGGAUGGUAUUCCUGAGCUCUUGGAAGACUUGAAGGCUGCUCCUGAUUUUUAUAUUGAAAUGAAAUGGGAAUUUACGACUUGGGUUCCUUUCAUGUCACGGAUGUGCCCCAAUGACACAUACAAGAUAUAUAAAAAAGGUUGUUCUGUUCGUGUGGAUACAACUCUUGUUGGUUUUGAUCAAAAUAUCCUCAACUGGGAACGUGGAAAUAUGAGCUUUGUGUUUAAAGGCUCAGCUGAGGGUGCUGAGUUUUAUGAAAUUGAUCACGACAAGAAAUAUUACACCAAGGAGAAACUUGAAAUAAGAAAUGAUAGACGAGAUCCUAGUACAUUUGAGACCACGCAAGAUGUGAUAAACAAAAGAAUGAGUUCACCAAAUAUAUCAACAAUCCUUGACACUGAUUCCAUUGCUUUCACCAAACACAAGUCAAUGUGGGGUUGGGGAGGUGACAAAACUGAAACAAUCAACGAUUAUGAAGGGAAGAUGUACGAUGCGUCUGGCAUUGAUGUCGUUACUAGAAUAAGACUUGAACAUUUGACAGAAGAAGAGAAGAAACAACAGAAAGAGAAAGUAUCAAGUUCCGGCUCUGGUAUUCAAGGUGUCUUAUCAGGAGAACAUCAAGAAAGGAUUUGUAACCUUGAGGAUCCAAACAUUGUUGAUCCGCAUUCAUCAAAUCCGUAUAACUUGUCUAUGGAAGAGUAUUUUAACUUACCUCUGAAUAAAUCAAAGAAAGACAUCGGCCGAGCAAAAGAUAUGAUUACUAAAUCUCAAAAAUUCAAAGCGACAUUAUGCCUGUGUCCUAGCUAUCCUUUAUCCUUACAACAACAAAUAUUACCUGUCAUAAAGCUGUUGGCGAUCAGUAAUUCUCAUUUUGCUAAGCUUCGUGACUUUGUCGCUCUUCAUCUACCUGCAGGAUUUCCUCUCAAAAUAGAGAUUCCGCUAUUUCAUCUCCUUAAUGCUCGAAUCACAUUCGGUAAUAUCAAUGCUAUGUCAAAACCCAGCCCAGGUGUAACGUCCCAGGUGAAUACCGACUCUGGUUCUGGUGAGGGGUCUAGUGACGAGUCUACAGUCACGUGCGUUAUUGAUGACGAUCGUUUCUGUCCUCCGUCCGACUAUGUUGGCAGUACAACGCAGGAUAAGCGUUCUGGUCAACCUGUUCAAAACGAAGAAGAGUUAAUGAUACAGCUCGCUAUACAACAAAGUCUAGCGGAUUCGGGUAGCUUUGACGUUGGUCGUUCAGAAUCAUGGGCUUAUCAGGCUGGUUUAUCAAAUAGCGAAGAAAAUUUGCAAAGAGCAAUACGCGAGAGUUUAAAUUCAUCCCAAGAAGUUGACAUGACAGCACAGACGUCUUCUCGUGUUGCUGGAAAUUCUUACGCGGAGCAGCUUCAAAUUGCUAUAGCAAUGUCUGAACAGGAUAUGAUAGAGAAAUCACAUGAAGUUAUGAACGAAGAUGACGAAUUAGAAAGGAUUUUGCGAUUGUCGUUGACGGAAAAGUAGCUUUGGAUUUUGAUGUUAAUGCGUGCCUAAGUCUGAAAAUUGAAAAUGUCAGGAAAGCUGUGUUAAUGUAUAGUAGUUGAAAAGAUGAAGGACAAUGUACGAAAAAAUUAUCAUUAAAAUAUAAGCCAUGA